AUGGAGCUGGUGAGCAGCCUUUGGAGCUGGACGGCGUCCUGCACCUGCACGAACCCCUCCCAGGAUUCCAAUGAGGUGACACUGUCAGACGGAGCGGAUAUUUCCGUCAUACAAGUGGAGCCCGACUGCCUCGUGCACAAGGAGAAGAUACUGGGACUGUUCCAGGAGAAGCCGUUCCUCAAGAGCAAGAACCACUACCUCGCGUUCUUCGUGGAUGAGUGCUGCAAAGCCAUCGCCUCCGGCCGAAGUGACGAGGCUCAGAAUGGCCUGGACAUCCUGCAGAUGCAAUUAGACAAUGAGGAGAAGAUGAUUGCCGCAGCUUUCAACAAGUUUGACACCGACAAGAGCGGCAAGCUGAUUGGCGAUGAGGUGCAGUUCAUGCUGGACUACCUGGGCUUUCCAGAUUCCAAAGAGGAUGUGAAGAAUCUGGUGCAAAUUGUGGACAGUGACGGCGACGGGUCGGUGUCCUUUGACGAGUUUCUGCACUACGUUGGCAAAUUAGGUGGCAGCGCUAAACUAUUUGAAGUCCGGCGGCAACAGAUCCGGGACCGCGGGGAUUUUAAGGACUCGGCUCACGACCCCGAGACCUUACGUGUGAUUCUGCAGGAGUGCGGGAUUUCUCCAGAGGCCCAGGCACAUUGGCGGCUCACCGCGAGUGAGUCAGAGCUGGAUAGCGCGGCAGGACUGAGGCUUUGCCAACAGGAAGCCAUCCGUCACAUUCGGAACCUUGCUCAAGAGAACCACGAGCGGGCCUUGCCGGACCUGCAGAAACGCGUGCGCAAACUGGGCUACACGGACACGGAUCUGUGGAUGGUGCUAUCCUGGAUCCGGGAACUGGCGCCAAUCAUUGUGCACAUCAACGUGGACAAGAUCGGCAAGUUCUUCAUGGAGGACAGCCAUUACCGCAACCAGUUCGAGACCAACACUUCGGGCGGCCUUUUGAAGACAUCUGCGCGAGAGAAGUGGGAACGCGGUCUCUUCGGCACAGCCUACGACCGCGCCAGCGCCUUCGAGCGGCCGAAGUACGGGGUGCAGAACAUUUGGAACGAUCCCAGGGGCGUGGUGGGCGCCAGGCAGUACGGCCACUGCAGCACUUUGGGCCAAAGCCGGGCUCGCUCAAAAGCAGCCGAGCUGGCCGGGCGCGCCGCGAACCGCGAACCGCGCCUUACCAAAACCGCGUUUGCGGGGCGCGCUGCUAAGAUGGCGGAGCGCUCCGAUGCGGAUGAGGCAGAGAGCAACUUGCUGCAGCGCUUCGAGGCGCUCUCUAAGAACUUCCGGUCGGAGGUCCAGGUGCUGCUUGGCCAGGAGCAGGAAGCCGCCAAGGACCUGGCGCAGCUGAGGCUCCGCAAUGUGGAGCUGGAAGAGCUGCUGCUGGCGAAGACCCAGGAGGCCCAGAAGGCCUUGAGCGCCAUUCGGGCCGUUUCUGGGCAGGACUCCGAGUCAGGGGAUUUGGUGAGCAUGGUGGACGCCUUGAUCGAGGCGAGCCGCGCGCAGGUGCGGCCGGAGGUGUUGCAGGCGCAAGCUGAGCUCUCGGAGCUGAAAGCCCAGUUGGAGGCGGAGCGGGAGGAGGGCCAGGGCCUACGCGAGCAAUUGGAGGAGGCGCAGAAGCUGAAAUCUCAGGAGGAGAAGGAGCUUUCGGAGUUCAAAGCUCUCAGAGAGAAGGAAAACGAGCUUCAGAUGAGCAAGAUCCAGGUGCAAAAGCUGCGGGGCGAGCUGGACGAGACCCAGGCGGACCUCCGCCAGCUGGAGCAACGGCUGGCGCAGCAAGCGCAAAUCAUCCAGGAACAGUCGGAGAAGGUGGCGUCUGUGGUGAAGCAGCGGGACCAGGAGGUGGAACAUGCCCGGCUCUUGGCGGACGAGAAUAACUCGCUUCGGCUGGAGCUUGGCAGGGACACGGACUACCUGAAGGUGGUGUCGGCCCCCAGGGACCCCUUGUCCUACAGGUGUGACGCCGGGCAACUGGACGAGGAGCUAACUGCGGAAGAUGGCCGGUUCCGGGAGGAGCUGAGAACUAUGGCCGCCAAGUUCCCUGGACUGGCAGGCCACAGCGCCUGGUGUGAGCUCCAGAUUGCACGGGCCUCCGAGUUGCACCAGAGCUUUCUCCACCGCCUCCAAGACUGCCGCAAGGAGUUCCCGGAGGACGUAAAGGUGGAAUUUACGACUCCCACGGAGGAGGUGCACAAGGAUUGGCUGCAGCAGGAGGCCCUGAUGUCCCAGGCAGGUGCUGAAUUUCAGGAUGGUGAGCAGGAGCACAACCGCCGGUGGGAGGAGCAUCGCCUGAAACUCACAGAGGAGCGGGACGGGAAGGUGAAGCAGUUGGUGGACCAGGCAGAGAGGUCUCAGAGCAAGGCGGAGAAGCAGCUGCUGCUGCACCAGGCCAAGCUGUAUGGCCAGCGCAUCGACGGGCAGCUGGAAAGGGCCUGGGAGGAGCAGCGCAAGGAGCGUGAGCUGCGUUGGGCUCAGCACCAGCACCAAAAGCAGGAGCUGCGGCAGAAGAUCAAGGAGGAGUCCCUGGCGGUGGUCCAGCGCGCGGAGGCGGAGGCCUUUGCCAGCGCCAAGUUUGCGGAGGCGGCGGCCAAGAAGUUGGCGACCCUCGAGGACGCCUUCCUGCGGAAUGCAGAGAAGGCAGCGGCGUUGAAUGGCAGCAGUUUGAAGGGAAAGGACCUCGAGAGCUGCUUGCAACAGCUCCGAAACACGGUGCAGAAUGCCGCGGUGUCGUUGUCCUGCUCUAGCCUGCCUUCCGGGGCCAAGCAGCUGCCGGCGCGGCACUCUCAGCACACCGGCGUGGGCUUGGCGGUGGACCAGAUGGAGGAGUUGCUGCAGAACCGCGCCCUGUUGCGCACCUUCUUGCGCAAGGAGCUGGAGCAACAAUCCCUUCAGCAGCUGCGAAGCUGUAUGGAGAGGUUUUGCUAUGGCGAGAAGGAGGAAAUGGACUCCAAGCACGCUGCAGCCAUCGCAUCGCUGCUGCUAAUGCGACAACAUAGGAACUUGGCCGAUGUGAUGCGCCGGCAAUUCGCAGACUUUCUGCUCGUGCUGCGCCUGUGCUCGCUUGCGGCACAGUGGCUGCUCCCCACAGAGGUCCGGCCGAACUGCGAACACCUCCCGCCCCUGGAGGACCCACAGGAGGCGCAUGACGAGGGCGACGCCUUGUACCAGACCUUGUGCCAAAAGAUGCUGCAUCGCGCCCUAAGGAUCUUGACGGAGCAGCAGCGGGAGGAGCUGCUGAGCCUGAAGCGGGACGCCUCCGCGGAGAUCCGCGCCACCCUGCAACAGCUCUGCCAAUUGGAGCCAGAGGUCCUGGAAAAGGCGACGCGGCGGGACGUUAAGGAGUUUCAGGUGCAAGUGGCGGCACGGCUUCUGUUUGACUGUGAGCGGCAGAUCAAGGAGGAGCACAAGCGACAAGCCAGCAGGGUAAACCAGAAUGUGGACUUGCAGAUUGCCCGGUACAAGCGGGAGAUUCAGGAGGAGGAGCAAUCCAUCAUCCUGGAGCGCCGCAAAUGGCUGAUGGACAGGAUCGUGGUGCUUCAGAACGGCACCGGCAGCGACAGGGCCCUUGCGCGCCUUCGAGCAGAGCUCCGAGCCUGCGAUGCCAAGACCACCCGGGCGCCGGCGCCGGCUCCGCAGACUCCACGUCGGCAUGAGCUGCGGGAGUCGGUGGAAGUGUGGCCACUGAGAUCCGAGAAGUUGGAGCCGCUGGGCUCCCCGUUGCUGGCGCCGGGCAAAGCUCGGCCCCGCACCAAGCUGCCGCCAGUGCCGCUCACAGCCAGGUGAGCGGCAAGCAGCAGAGCAGUUCUCAUGCGCGAAUGCAGCUGAAGGGAAGAGGUUUCAUCAACCUUGUGCAUGAUUUAUGCGAUGUGAAAUGGCGCGUGAGUGUGCCAGUGGCUUGCUGGCUACCUGGCUAGUGAUCCUUCGUGGGCUGGCAGCAUAAAGAAGAUGGGGGUGGUGUGUUGCAUCAUGCGCACUGG